AUGGAAGUCUUCAGCUAUUUGAUUUUGUUACUUUCGUUUUCCCAAGUUAUUGACUGUAACGUUAUUCAUGAUACACCUAGAGAUUCUCUACCAAGGCACCCAUUCUUGCCAAAGCACGCCAAGCCUAUACAAAAGAAACAAGAAACAUUAAUAACUCCACAAGUUACUGACGUUGAGUUGAACGAAUUUUUCCAUAAACUCUUCAAACAUGAUUACAAUCCUUAUAAAGCUUACAAGAUUAACUUGUAUAAAAAGCUAGGGGAAAAAUUCUUUGAUGUGAAAUCGGAAAUCCUUAUGACACCCAGGAACCAACUCUUUUUUUCAAUUCAUGAAAACUUCAAGUUACUGGAAUCAAACGCUAGUAGUAAUAUCAGCAAUCAACUUCAAAUUGAGCAGAACUUGCUAAUUAACAUGUUCCUCGACAACACCACAGCAGCACUUUCCACUGCUAUGAACUUCCUCGCAAGCAAAGGCUUCUUAAAAAAUGAUACCAACGAGUACAGAAGGUAUCUGCACAAACUGUGGUUUGAGUCUUACUCCAGACCCAACAACUACAUACCCGGAAGCACUGGAUUCGAAGCCAUCUUCGUUAAUAACCGAAAUGGUGGCCCGUGCAACUGGAUCUACGUAGCUAGAAUGGAGAAGCAGAAGAAAGUACAACUUCAGAACGCAACACGGAUUGCUAUUUUCGAAACUCGUCGUGGACAAACAAUAUCAAUUGUGUACUUCGGAAAUCUAAUGUUUAAUGAUUCUCAAAUAAAAAAUAAGUAUAUUUUUCUUGGCACGUCACCCGAGUUAGAGAUGGCUUUGUAUACAGUCUGCUUCUACGCGAGACGUAACGAUGACUGCUCAUUUUCUUUCGGAAAUGUUAAAUUUAUCAUUCGAAUAACCGAACAAGAAAACUGCCAAAAGGAAGCCAUGGUUGGUGCCGACUUGAGUAUUAUUGUGGAAAAAAAAGGAAAUGGAUACUGA